AUGAACGCCACGUUGAGUUUGAGCUCGCUGUCAUGGACUAGCCUGUGUCCCAAUGGAAUCGCCAGCAUCAUCAACACAGAGCUCAAGAAGGCCGCCAUCUCUUUCAUCACGGCGCAGAACUACAAGGUCUUCGGCACCGUGCUCCCGGACCCAGAGGAUGGCAUUCCUCAAAUCACCGCAUUUGACGCAAUAAGACAGGGCAAUUAUGCCGACUUCUUCAAGAAGGAUUUGAGAAUGGCGAAGGUGGUGGUGCUAGCAAGUUUGGGAUUUGGAGUAGAGGUCAUCCAUUUGCUAGACAACGGGAAGAUCUGGCAGGAGGGACCACCUUCGCGGCUGGCCACCAACCGGUACUAUAGUCUCAUUCAAGAGAUCAUGGCAGCUGAAGCGAAUCCCGAUGAGGUCAAGGUUAGCGAACCCUGGUAUACCGUUAUCCCGACGGAUUUGGUGCAGCCGCGGCCGGAUGAAGUCCUGCCGAGAUUCAGACUUGACGGGAAGGACAUUUGGGUUGAGCGAGAGCCGGGAGAUGCAGACUGGGAUGACUGA